GGUAACAAUGAGCGUUCAGACGUAUCUGGUUGCGUACAACGUGUUACAAAUUUUAGGAUGGUCUGCAAUUCUUGUGAAAACAGUUCUUGGACUCGCUAAUGGCUUGACAUGGCCACAACUUUACGAAUCGGUGGAAUUUGAGCUUAAAAUCUUCCAAACCGCAGCUAUUCUCGAGGUCAUUCACGCAAUUGUCGGACUUGUUCGUUCACCAGUUGGAACUACCGCAAUGCAAGUAACAUCUCGCGUCGUCCUUGUCUGGCCAAUCCUCCACUUGUGCUCAACAGCUCGCUUCAGUAUCGGAGUUCCACUUCUUCUUGUUGCCUGGUCCGUAACAGAGGUCAUCCGGUACUCGUUCUAUGCACUCAGCGUAUUGAAACAACCAAUCCCAUAUUUCCUUCUCUACCUCAGAUACACCCUCUUCUACGUUCUCUACCCAAUGGGAGUCUCCGGAGAGCUUCUGACGUUGUUCGCUUCAUUAAAUGAAGUUGAUGAGAAGAAAAUCCUUACCCUCGAGAUGCCAAACCGUCUCAACAUGGGAAUCUCCUUCUGGUGGGUGCUCAUCAUUGCUGCUCUCAGCUACAUUCCCGGAUUCCCACAACUUUACUUCUACAUGAUCGGUCAAAGAAAGAAGAUUCUCGGCGGAGGAAGCAAGAAGAAGCAGUAAAGAAAAAUUCUACGUGUAUUUAUAUUACAGUGUAUUCUAGAUUAAUUGCAACCAAUCAAAAUUCAACUUUAUUCAUAAAUUAUUCUCCCGUAA